AUGUCUUCAGAUUUGUUCCAGGAAAUUACCUUGCCUAAUGGCGUCACGUACAAGCAGCCCGUGGGACUUUUCAUCAACGGAGAAUGGGUCAAGUCUGACGAGACCAUCGAAUCCAUAGACCCAGCUACCGAGAGGGUUAUCACCAAGGUGUACCUUGCAGGCACCAAAGAAGUUGACUCGGCCGUUUCCGCAGCCAGAACUGCCUUCAAGACCUGGAAGAAAGUCGAAGGGACCACCAAGGGAUCCAUGCUGAUGAAACUUGCGGAUCUCGUUGAAAAGAACCGUGAUCUUCUGGCGGCAGUUGAGUCUGCUGACUCGGGAAAACCGUUCGAAUCAAAUGCAAAGUUUGACAUUGAUGGAACAAUUAGCUACUUCCGUUAUUGUGCCGGUUGGGCCGAUAAGGUUCACGGAAAGAGCAUCCCUGUUCAGGACGGCAAGCUAGCGUUCUCGAAGAGAAUCCCCAUUGGAGUUUGCGGACAAAUUGUCCCUUGGAACUACCCAAUCUCGAUGUCUGGAUGGAAGAUCGCUCCAGCACUUGCGGCUGGUAAUUGCAUUAUUAUCAAGUCUGCGGAGACCACUCCGUUGUCAUUGCUGGUUCUGGCCGACCUCGUCAACGAAGCAGGCUUCCCCAAAGGUGUUUUCAACGUUUUGAGCGGUCUUGGUCCAGUUGCAGGUGCCCAUUUGGUGGCCCAUCCAGGUGUUGACAAGAUUGCCUUCACCGGAUCAACUGUUGCCGGCGCGAAGAUCCAACAGAUGGCUGCUUCAAACCUCAAGGCCGUCACUCUGGAGUGCGGAGGGAAGUCCCCACUACUAGUUUUUGAAGAUGCUGAUCUUGAUCUGGCUGCUGGCUGGGCUGCCUUUGGCAUUAUGUACAAUACCGGUCAGAAUUGCACCUCGAAUUCGAGAAUCUACGUACACGACUCCGUGUAUGAAAAGUUCAUAGAACUUUUUGUUGCUCGGGUUAAAAAGGAUUAUCCUAUUGGUGAGCCCUUUGACGAAAAUGCUAAGGUUGGUCCCGUGGUCAGCAAGGCCCACUUUGAUCGUGUGACCAACUAUAUCGAAAUCGGCAAGAAGGAGGGUGCCAAGAUGAUCCUUGGUUCCGAGCCAAUCCCAUUCGAGAAGGGCUAUUAUAUCCAACCCACAGUCUUUGUGGACUGUAAGCAGGAUAUGAGGAUUAUUCAGGAAGAAAUCUUUGGUCCCGUUGUGGCGAUUUCCAGGUUUUCCACCGAGGACGAGGUCGUCGAGAAGGCCAACGAUUCCAUCUAUGGCUUGGCCGCAAUGGUCUUCUCACAGGACAUUAUGAAGGCCCACCGUGUUGCUGAUGAACUUGAGGCUGGAAUGGUGUAUAUAAACUCGAGCAACGAUGAGGAUAUCCGUGUUCCCUUCGGUGGUGUCAAGAUGAGUGGUGUGGGCAGAGAGCUGGGUGAGUCUGGUAUUCAUACCUAUACCCAGGAGAAGGCUAUCCAUUGUAAUUUGGGUGCCAAACUAUGA